AUGGUGGCUACCCUAGGCCAGAAGGGUAUUAUUGUCGUAACCAAGGGCAAGAUCAUUGCGGUUUUGCUGUUGAUCUUGACAUGGUGGGUUGCAGCUCUCAUACCAAGCUACUCGCCCCUCAUCCAGGCAGAGAUUCAAUACCGAUUCCAUGAGGCGUUGCAAAAAGUCCCCGCGAUCGAGGUCGACUGGCACAGGCCAGCCGAUCCCAAGUCCAACUACGACCAGACAAAGAUAGCCCUCAUGGUCGAGGCGCGUCCCAUCCCGCACCUGGUGCCGCAGAUACUGCACAUGAUCACGGUGAUGCCGCCGGACUGGCGCAUGGUUUUCAUAGGUAGCGAGGCCAGCGUCCUCAGCGUGGGGCGCGCGUUCGCAGUCAAGCACCAGCAGGUCAUUGGCAAGAUGGAUCUGAUGGUCCUGCCUGAGCCCUGGGAGAUUGACUCCAAGGAAAAGGUCCAUCGCAUCAUGACCGACAUUCGCUUCUACAACGAAUUCCUACCUGGCGUGCAGUGGAUAUUGAGGUUCGAAUCGGACAGCAUUCUGUGCGCCAAUUCGGAAACCAGUUUGAAUGAAUGGUUGGACUGGAGUUGGGCGGGAUCCCCUCGCAAAAAGGACGAUCGCUUCUCCGGCAACGGAGGUUUGUCGCUACGAAAAGUCUCCGCGAUAAGACGGGUGCUGAACUUUCAGGAGCGCUACAACGACACGGAGCCCGAGGACGAGUGGUUCGGGCGUCGCGUCUGGGUCCUCCCCGGCGAGAGGGUGGCGUCGGGCUUCGACGGCAUGCUGGCGGUGGAGGACGUCUACAUGCAGCGGCCGAUGGGGUUCCACGUGCGCGACUUUGGCCGGACGCUGAGCGACGACGUGUGGAAGGACCACGAGCAGCGGCAAAAGAUCUUUGAGUACUGCCCGGAGCUGAGCCUCAUCAUGGACAUGAAGCUCGAGCGCGAGCGCUGCGAGGGCGACGACCGCGAGGGCACCAUCAAGCAGAAGCCCGAGGAGGACAAGGAAAAGGAAAAAAAGGCCAAGGAGGAGCAGGAGAAAAAGGCAAAGGAGCUGGCGGAUAGACUGGAGGAUGAGAAGAAGCGCAAGGAUGCCGAGGCAAAGCAGGAGGACAAGGACAAGCACAAGGCCAAGGACAAUUAAUUUGGAUGAGAUUUGGUAAGAAAUUCUGUUUUCAAUAGUGGUUACUAUUAUUUUUCGCUGCAUAUACGAGAAUUGCCAAG